UCAUUCAUUCAUUCAUUCAUUACAUAGCCAUCUGAUUUUGAUCUCACUGAGGCCCACGCCAUCUCUCUUUUCUAUCUAUCUAUUCUGAUUUCUGCAUAACACAGAACAAUUCCAUCCUCUCCAAAAUUCCUUCUUUUUCGGAUACAACAAAAACAACACAACGAUUCUUCCCAGCUUCCCCUCAUUCCUCCACUCUCUUCAAAAGGAAAGGAUCCAAAAUUUUUGGGUUUUGUUUCUAUUCAUGUGAAGGUUCCUUUUGAGCUGCGGAGUCUAAGGUGACUUCUAGUUUUGAGAUGGACAGUGGGAAUAAGGUAGAUAAUGGUUUUCAGCAUUUGUUGAAUGGGACUAUCGAAGACACGCUGCAGAGUGAGUUGGAAAGGAUACUGCAAGAGCAGCGCAAUCAGCAGUUUAUCAAUCGAGAAAGGGAUCUAAACAUUUAUCGAAGUGGAAGCGCACCCCCGACUGUAGAGGGAUCAUUAAGUGCUUUUGGUAGUCUAAGGAACUCUGAUUUUGGGGCAAUAAAUAGUAGGAGUGGUAACAAUAAUGGGUUUUUGACUGAAGAUGAGAUUCGUUCGCAUCCAGCGUAUCUUUCUUAUUAUUACUCGCAUGAGAGUAUAAAUCCUAGGUUACCUCCACCACUGUUGUCGAAAGAAGAUUGGCGUGUUACACAAAGGUUUCAGGUUGGAGGAUCUCCAUAUGAUGGAUUUGGGGAUUGGAGGAAGAAGAUGGUUGCAAAUGGUGAUAGUUCAUCGCUGUUUUCGAUGCAACCAGGAUUUCCUGUGCAACAAGCAGAGAAUGAUUUGAUGGAAUUGAGGAAAGCCAGUUUGCAAAAUUCCUCUAGGCAGGGUUCAGCUCAGUUGCUGGACCGCCAUAUGGAUUUGGCUAGAAUAGGGGCCGGAGCUGGUGUUGGUGGAAGGAGAACACCUAUUGCUGAUAUUCUUCAGGAAGGACUUGAUCAACCUACUUCUUUGUCUAGCAAUAUGUCACGUGCAGUGAGUCACAAUACAUUUGGCGAUAUUUUGGAUUCAAAUGGCAUUGUUGAUCGUGAGUCUUUGGAGGGCUUGCGUUCUUCAGCUUCCACUCCUGGUUUGAUUGGUCUUCAAACUCACGGUGUCAAUGGUACUCAUAGUUUUUCAUCUGCUGUGGGUUCUUCUUUGUCUAGAGUUACAACCCCUGAACCACAGGUUAUUGGGAGACCGCUUGGAUCCGGUGUUCCUCCAUUGGGUGGUAAAGUUUUCUCUGUUGAGAAAAGUGUUAAUGGCUUGGGGACCCAUAUUGGUCAUUCUUCUAGUAUGACUGAUAUUGCCGAUAUAGCGUCUUCAUUAUCAGGGUUAAGUUUGUCUGCUGCUAGGCACGCGGAGCAAGAGAAUCUUUUAAAAGCUAAGCUACAAAUGGAAGUUGAUAAUCAUUCCAAUGUUCUGUUAAAUGCACAGAACAAUGUUAGUUUGGCCAGACAUAAUGGGCUAGUAGCAAACUUUAACACAUUUGGUUCAAAUGAUCAAAUCAAUCUACUGAAAAAAACAGCUUCUUUUGCCAGUUUGCGCUCGAAAGUGCACUCUAGUGGAAAUAUGACAAGUUUGCCAAAUAUAGACUACACUGGCCAUGUUACUGCCUCAUAUCCUGUAAACUCGAAAUCAAAUGCUGUAUACAAUAAUCAACUUGAAACAGCUUUGAGGAGUUGCAGAGAUGGACAAAGUUUAGAGGCACUGGCAAAUCAGAUUGGUGUUGACCUUCAUUGUACAAAUAUGGAUCCGCGCUUAAUACAAUGCUUGCAGCAAAGUUCUGAUUACUCAAUGCAUGGGGUGAGUGGUUCCAGUGAUCCUUCUCAAAUGAGGAACUUUUCUGAUACCUCAAAUGGAGAAUUAGAGGGAUUUCGGAAAGCAUAUCUUGAUUCACUUCUAGCUCAGCAAAAGCAACAAUAUGAACUCCCACUCCUGAGCAAAUCCGGGCUUAUGAAUCCUAGGUUCUAUGGCAGUCAGCCAUAUGGUAUUGGGAUGCCAUAUACAGGGAAACAGCUUGCAAGUUCCUCACUUACUUCCCUUGGAUCUGGAAAUCCAUUGUUUGAGAAUGAACGUUUAUCUCGCUUGAAUUCUAUGAUUAGAAGCUCAAUGGGAGGUUCUAGUGGCUCAUGGCCUGCUGAUAUUGGCAAUAACAUGGACGGAAGAUUUCCUUCGUCCUUACUGGAUGAGUUCAAGAACAACAAGGCUAGAACUUUUGAACUUCUAGACAUUGUUGAUCAUGUGGUUCACUUUAGUACCGAUCAGUAUGGCAGCCGAUUUAUUCAGCAGAAACUAGAAACAGCUUCGGUAGAGGAGAAGACCAAGAUAUUUCCCGAGAUCAUUCCUCAUGCUCGUACCUUGAUGACUGAUGUCUUUGGAAAUUACGUUAUACAAAAAUUUUUCGAGCAUGGUACGGAAGAUCAAAGAAAGGAAUUAGCCAGCCAGCUUACAGGUUAUGUUUUACCUCUUAGCCUGCAAAUGUAUGGCUGCAGAGUGAUUCAGAAGGCCUUGGAGGUUGUUGAUGUAGAGCAGCAGACUCAAAUGGUUUCAGAACUCGACGGUGCAAUAAUGAAAUGUGUACGGGAUCAAAAUGGAAACCACGUUAUUCAGAAGUGUAUAGAGUGUGUCCCUCAAGAUAGAAUUCAGUUUAUUGUCUCAUCUUUCUAUGGUCAAGUUGUUGCACUUUCUACUCAUCCCUACGGUUGCCGUGUUAUUCAGAGGGUUCUAGAACAUUGUGAUGCUCUAAAUACACAACAAAUUAUAAUGGAUGAAAUCAUGCAAUCUGUAUGCACUUUAGCACAGGAUCAAUAUGGAAAUUAUGUUAUUCAGCAUAUCCUCGAACAUGGUAAACCAGAUGAAAGGACAGCUAUUAUUAGCAAGCUUGCAGGACAAAUUGUUAAAAUGAGUCAACAAAAGUUUGCUUCUAAUGUUAUUGAGAAGUGCUUGGCUUUCGGUAGUCCUGAAGAACGCCAGAUUUUGGUGAAUGAAAUGCUUGGUAACUCUGAUGAGAAUGAGCCAUUACAGGCUAUGAUGAAGGAUCCUUUUGGUAAUUAUGUUGUUCAAAAAGUGCUCGAGACUUGCGAUGAUCGAAGUCUUGAGCUGAUUCUUUCUCGCAUCAAGGUUCACUUAAAUGCUCUGAAGCAGUAUACCUACGGCAAGCACAUAGUUUCCCGCGUGGAGAAGCUCAUAACCACUGGAGAAAGGCGCAUAGGGUUGUUAGCCUAAUCUACUAGCUCCUCCUCAAGCAUCAUAAUUGAAGUCUUGAUGACAAAUCGUCCUCCUCCUCGCGCCACCACAUAAAUCCGUUGUACAGCUAACAUGGAUGUUAGCCUAAUUUACUAGCUCCUCCUCAAGCAUCAUAAUUGAAGUCUUGAUAACAAAUCGUCCUCCUCCUCGCGCCACCGCAUAAAUCCGUUGUACAGCUAACAUGGAUGUUAAUAUAUCCCUAAGUUUUGAUUAAGUAUUGGAGGGACAAUUGAAUAAAUUAAUUUUUCUUACUAUGGUUUGGUUUUGUUACUAUUAACUCCAUAAAGAGAGUUGAGUUAGGAUGCAAAGAUUAGGGUGAUGGCAAUGUGUCUUUUUUUUCUUUUCCAGUGUACAUGAAAAUCCAUUGUUCUGUAAAGCAAAUCAAUGGUAAAAGAUUCAUUGCAAUAACUGGAGUCUGUAGUUGAGACUCUCAACUUCAACUUUAAAUGUGUAAAUAAUACUGCUUCUCGGCUGAUAUUGUCUUUUUA